AACAGAACUGCUGUAAACAAAUACAGAAAGGCUUCCGGUAGAAAGAGCAAGGUGACGUAAAGCAACCCAUAAUUCCCACAAACCGGAAACCUACUGACGUAACGAUAACAGGAAAAGAAAGCUGGAGAAACGGAAAGAAACGGGGGCUUGAUAGUCUGGUAAAGUGAAAGACUGUACAAAAGACUGCACUAAAGCACUCAAGCCCGAGGAAUGAACGGACGGCAGGCAAGCCCAGACGGACGCGGUUUAAAGAGGUAACAACGCUUAACUUUAAUUAAGAGCUACCAGCACACAGAUUAAGAUGGCAACUAGGAGAGGCCCAUAUGUGAAUGAGAGAGCAAUAAAAGGUCCCAACCAAGACCUGGCCACUCCAGAGAGAAACCCGGAAUACGGGGCAAGACUGGAACACCUGAUUGAAAUCACAACAAACUCCUUAAAAGAUACGGCAGUGUUCCAGCAGGAGUCUAAAGAGAGAAUGGCCAGACUUGAGUUGGAGUUACUUAAUAUUAAAAAAGAGAUGGAUCAUUUUAAAAAAAUUGAUGAAACGUUGAACAUAAUUAAAGAUGGACUAAAAGACCAUGAAAACCGAAUCACAGAUAUUGAGGACUCAAUGGAACAUCUGAAAGAAAACUGCUUGAGGCAAGAAGAUGCGGUGGCACUAUUGGAGUAUGCCCAGAAAGAGAAUACAAUGAGAAUAAGAGGACUAUCAGAGACUGAAGGCGAAAUAUUAUCUAAGCGACUUAUGCCGACGCUACAAGAAGUUUGGGAUCUCAAAGAAGAGGACGCUAUAAGAGAAAUUGACCAACUGUAUAGGGUGAAUUCAAGAGCAGCCUACGACAGGAAACUUCCAAGAGAUAUAAUCAUGCAUUGUGUAAGGAAAAGUUUGAAAGAUGAAAUCUUAAGGCACCAUUCGAGACAACCCCUCAAAAUAGAUGGGAAAACAUUGAUUAUACUGAAAGAGAUCCCACAAUCGAUCCAGAGAAGAAGAAAGGAUUAUAAAUGCUUGACGGACACACUUAGGAAAAACAACAUUAUCUACCGCUGGAUCAUCCCUGAAGGGGUCUCCUUCGUCUGGAAUGGAAAGAGAUUGAAUAUCACUAUGGUACAGAGAGCGCAGAGAGCGCAGGAGAUCUCCCAAAAGCUGAGAAAGACCAUCCAAGAAAAAGGAAACAGCGAGGAUUGUGAUAGCGAGGCACUGGAAAUCAGACCAGUUACCCAAGAUCGAGGAAUGGAGGGAGAAAGUGCAAACCUUAUAUGUAAUGGACAGACUCUCAUUUCAGAUUAAGGAAUUACCAGCGGAAGA